AUGGCAACUAAAUCGCAAACAUAUAACUUUAAGGGUAUUACCACAAUACCGACCGCCAAGAAGCUCAUAGACGUGGUUUUAUCGCAAACGCAAAGGAAAACACCUACGGAAGUACAUAAACAAUUUAAGAUAUCGAGGAUUCGAAAGUUUUACAUGAGGAAGGUUAAAUUUUGCCAGCAAACCAUACAUGAUCGUUUGCAGCGCAUCCUAACUCAGCUUCCACAACUAAACGAUAUUCACCCUUUUUACUCUGAUUUAUGCAAUGUUCUGUACGAUAGAGACCACUAUAAGCUGGCGCUUGGCCAAUGUAACUCAAUAAUGAGAGUGGUGGAUAGGUUGGCAAAGGACUACGUGAGGCAGAUGAAGUACGGGAACUCACUGUACAGAUGUAAGAUGCUGAAGAAAGCAGCACUGGGACACAUGUGCAAGGCAGUGAAGAGGCUGGAAGGGAGCUUGAAGUACCUGGAGGAGGUGAGGCAGCACAUGUCGAGGUUGCCCUCAAUAAACCCGUACACACGCACGCUGAUACUGACAGGAUACCCGAACGUGGGAAAGUCGUCAUUCAUGAACCUGGUGAGCAAGGCAAAUGUAGACGUGCAGCCGUACGCAUUCACGACGAGGUCGCUCUACGUGGGCCAUUUCGACCACAGCCUGCUGAGGUGGCAGGUGAUAGACACACCAGGACUGCUGGAUCACCCACUGGACGAAAGAAACACAAUAGAAAUGACAGCAAUAACAGCACUGGCGCACAUAUUCUGCACAGUGAUGUUCUUCAUAGACGUGUCGGAGAGCUGCGGAUACUCGCUGGCAGAGCAAGUAGCACUGUUCAAGUCAAUCAAGCCGCUCUUCCAGAAUAAGCCAAUAGUAAUCGUGAUCAACAAAAUAGACCUUGUCAACUUUAACCCAGAGGCACUGGCGGAGCUGAGAGAGUACAAGUGGGUGCUGACAUCAGCGCUGACGGGCGAGGGAGUGGAAAACGCAAAAGUGAUGGCUUGCGAGCUCCUGCUGGAAACAAGACUGAACACGAAGGUGCAGAACGCGCCACUGGAGAAGUUAGAGAAGAUAGGGUUCGUGACUGAGGUGGAGCCGAGUGAGGACAGGCCACCAGUGGAGCCACCGCUGAACGUGUCAGAGAAGGUGGUAACUGAAAAGGACCUGGAGGAGGAGUUCGGAGGAGCAGGAGUGUACUCAAUAGACCUAAGAAAAAAACACAUUCUGGAAAACGAAGAGUGGAAGUACGACGAAGUCCCGGAAAUAUACAACGGAAGGAACGUGGUGGACUUCGCAUACCCAGGAAUCGAAGAGAAGAUAAAGAUGCUGGAAAGAGAAGAGCAACUGCUGCUGCAACAGCUACAGACGACGAAAGAAGACAUUGAGUGGGAAAAUCUGGUUAAAAGGGAGAAGAUACUCCACGAUAGCAUAAGGCAGAAGAAGUACGAAAGAGGCCUGAGGAAAAAGCACAGAGCACCAGUGCUUAACGAGACGAUCAAACUUAAGAAAGUGAGGAAGGACUCGAAGAAGAGAAGACAGACGAAGCUGCAAGCAAUGCCAAUAGACUACAUAAGAGGAGGAGAAAAAACGGAGAGAGACGAGAUGAAAGAGAGGCUGCAGACUGCAAUAGCGAAACAGAGAGAUGGCAGCGUGAGGCAGGAGAAGAACGUAGUUAAGAGGGUGAAGCUGCCGAAGGGAACGUACAGAAUGAACGACAGGUCGAUCAUCGCGAAGAAACCCAAACACAUGUUCUCGGGAAAGCGCAAAUUGGGGAAGACCGAUCGCAGGUGA